AGUUUUCCUUUGCAUAUUCUCUCCGCAGCUUCCUCAGUUUAUAGCCACAAGCUACAAAUUCGGUGCCAAUUUUGUGCUUCUUUGCUUUGCCUUCAGCUCCACUUAUUUUCAACUUCCUCACCUCAUUUCGCCAAUUGAUCUGGAGCAAUUUUCUUAAUGGCGGACAUUGCAACGCUAAUUCUUGAGAUCAUAAAAUGCAUGGCAACUCCAACAUGCCGUUGUGUAGAUUAUCAUAGAAAAUUCAAACAAGAUGUGGAGGAUCUGAAAAGCAAAGUGAGAGAUCUAAAUAGCAGAAAAAAGGAUGUAGAAACACAACUAGACGCAGAGGUUUGCUUGCAGAAACAAGUGAAGCAACAGGUGGAGGACUGGCUUCAAGAUGUGCAGAGGAUCAAUGUUGAAAUUCAAAAGGUGGAACGAAGGGUGGACAAUGCUUCAUUUCUCUCACGAGCUCGUCUUGGAAAACUUGUUCGUGAAAAAAUUAAUGCUGUGGAUACAAUUCUUCAACGAGGUCGUUUUCCUGAAGGACUGGUAGUUAAUAAGCCUGCAACUGCUUUGCCUUUUCGGGUAGAGAAUCUAGAAGGUGAGGUUUCUGUGAAGGAAAAGAUAUGGGGAUACUUGACAGGCAAUGAGGUCCAAAUGAUUGGUGUUUGUGGAAUCGGGGGUGUUGGGAAGACCACCAUUAUGAAGCAUAUCCAUGAUGAAUUACUAUUGGAGUCCAGAUUUGAUAAAGUGAUCUGGGUUACUGUCUCACAUCCACUCAAUGUGCGUAGAUUACAAGAUGAAAUUGCUAAGAGGAUGAAUGAAAGUCUCCUAGAGAAUGAGGAUAAACAAAGGCGAGCUUUAGAAUUGAAGGAGAUGAUGGGAAGGGUGAAAUAUGCAUUGAUUUUAGAUGAUGUUUGGCAAGGAUUUAUGCUUGAAGAUGUUGGAAUCUUGAGACCAACAGUGGAAAAUGGUUGCAAAAUAGUUAUUACUAGUAGAAAGGUGGAUGUAUGCAAGUCCCUUGGUUGUGAAAUAGUUAAAGUGUCUCCUCUUUCAAAGGAAGAGUCUUUGAAUUUGUUCUUAGAUAAGGUGGGAAGGGACAUUCUACAAGUUCCAGAAUUGGAAGGAUUUUGGAAAGCCAUGGUGGAGGAGUGUGCUGGACUACCCUUGGCCGUUGUUGUAAUAGCUCGGAGCAUGAAAGGAGUAACUAAUGUCCGUGAGUGGAGGCAUGCUUUAAACGAAUUAUGCAGACGCAUAAGAGCUACAGCCGAAGGUUCAGAAGAUGAGAUAUUCGAGAGAUUGAAAUUCAGCUAUGAUCGUUUGCAAGAUUCAAAUAUCCAAAAUUGUUUCUUAUCUUGCUCACUAUAUGCUGAAGACUAUGAAAUUAGAAGAGAUGAUCUGGUCGAACAAUGGAUUGAUGAGGGACUUAUUGAAGAGUCAAGUAGACAAGUAAUGCUUGAUAAUGGACACUUCAUAUUAAACAAACUUGAGAACAACUGUUUGUUAGAGAACGGUCAUUCCAAGGACACUAUUAAAAUGCAUGAUGUUGUGAGAGAUAUGGCAUUGCGCAUUGGUUCUCAAUUUAUGGUGAAAGCUUGUAUGCGACUAACAGACAUACCAGAUGAGCAUGACUGGACUGAAAAUGUUGAAAAGGUUUCCUUGAUGGAGAAUGCAAUUUCAGAUAUUCCUAUAAAUAUGUGCCCAAUUUGUCCCAAUCUCACAACCUUGAUGUUGCAGGGGAAUUGGGAAUUGACACAAAUUCCAGGUUGCUUUUUUGCAAACAUGCGAGGGCUCAAGUGUUUAAAUCUUUCUGAAACUAGCAUUGAAAGUCUACCUCAUUCCAUCUGCAAUUUGGAAAGUCUUACUACAUUGCUCUUGCGUGAUUGUAGGCAAUUAAAACAUGUGCCUUGCUUAGCAAAGCUUAAGGCAUUGAAAAAGUUGGAUAUGUUUAAAGCAGGAAUUGAUGUGGUCCCUGAAGGCAUUGAUAUGCUUGUAAAUCUCCAAUAUCUUGAUUUACGGUGUCCAGAAUUGGUGGAGCUAUCGACACAAAUACUCGGUAACCUCUCUCACCUCCAGCACUUGACAGUAUAUUCCAAAUCGACCACUUUAAAGAUAAAAGGAAAAGAAGUAAGAGGAUUGAAGAAGUUGGAGACUUUUCAAGCUCAAUUGUAUGACUUGCAACACUUCAACAAUUAUGUUAAGUCUAAUCAUUUUAAAAGAUUGAGUAAUUACCGGCUUGUGGUUGGACAAGUGCAGAUCGGCUUUGGUUCUAUUAUUAAUUUCUCUAAAGAAAUAAGUUUAGGAGAAUGUGAGAUAGGUGGAGAAGAUAGUGUGCUGCUUCCAGAUGACGUGGAGGAUCUAUGGAUUUAUCGGUGUAGAAAAUUUAGAAGCUUAAGUGAUAUUUAUUCUCUCCAAAAAACAACUGAGUUGAGAAACUGUUUUGUUACUGAGUGUGAAGAGAUAGGGUGUGUGGUUGACAUGGUUACGUCAUCAUCAUCUUUCAUUAAUAACCUUGAAAGCCUAUGGCUUGAGAAGUUGCCCAACUUGAGUGUUGUUGCGAACGUGGAAGGAGUAAAAGCAACAUCGCCUCACAUCUUUUCCAAUCUUCAAUACUUUGUGAUGAAGGAAUGUUCUAGCAUGAAGAGGUUGUUUUCACUUGAGCUGCUGCAAGGCCUCCAAAACUUGGAGGGGAUUAGAGUUUGUAAUUGUCAACAAAUGGAGGAAAUAAUAGGGUGGGAAGGAGAAGAGGAAAAUCACACAGCUGAUGCAACUACUACUACUACAUUCAAUCUUCCAAAAUUAAGAGUGUUGUCUUUGCAGAAUUUAUCAGAAUUUAAGAGAAACUGCCCCACAAGAGGAGUAAUGGUUUGUGAUUCUCUCGGAUGGUUAACAAUAAAGGAAUGUCCAGAGUUAAGGAGGAUUCCCCUGCUGCAAGGCCUCCAAAACUUGGAGGGGAUUACAGUGUGGAAUUGUCAACAAAUGGAGGAAAUAAUAGGGUGGGAAGGGGAAGAGGAAAAUCACACAGCUGAUGCAACUACUACUACUACAUUCACUCUUCCAAAAUUAAGAAAGUUGAAUUUGCAGAAUUUACCAGAAUUGAAGAGAAUCUGCUCCACAAAAGGAGUAAUGGUUUGUGAUUCUCUCCAACACUUACAAAUAGAGAAAUGUCCAAAGUUAAGGAGGAUUCCCCUGGUAGGGAAUGUACGGCCAUCUCCUCCUGCUGCUCUAAAGCAAAUCCAGAUAGAGCCAAAAGAAUUAUGGGAAUCACUGGAGUGGGACGAUCCCAAUGCCAAAAAUGUCCUUCAACCCUUCAUGGGUUGUCCUUUUAUUGAGGACCGCAACUCGAGAGUUUGGUUUCCAAUUAUUCAAAUGAAAAAUAGCUGAGAUCCAAGACCACGGGUUGGGUCUGCAUCUUUGUUCAGCCUGUCAAAAGGAUCUCAUCUUGGAAUGGGCAGGAAAUUGAACCAAAACAAUGGGUCGAUUCCGCACAUCUGCUUGACUUGAAUGUUAUUUCAUAAUCUUUGAAAUCUCUAUUUGUUUUUGAAUGCUAGUAUUAUGUAAAACCUGGUUCAUUUCUUGCUUCUUAUUUUCAUUAACUCGCGUGAUGUUGUAUAAGUUACAUUAUAAAGUUGUGUAAUUGUU